AUGAGUAAAGUACGACCAUUGAAUGCCAAUCAGAUACCAAAUGAAUUACUAAAUGACAAAGAACUUAAUUUAUUGAUCAAACAAUUACCGGAAAAUUAUAAUUUUGAAAUACAUAAAACUAUAUGGAGAAUCAAAACCAUUAAAGCUAAGCGAGUCGCAAUGCAAAUGCCUGAAGGUUUGUUUGUAUUUGCUUGUACGAUUGCUGAUGUCCUUAAAGCUUAUACGAAUGUCGAUGUUGUUAUUAUGGGUGAUGUGGCAUAUGGUGCAUGCUGUAUUGACGAUUAUGGUGCUCGUGCAUUGAAAUGCGAUUUAUUGAUCCAUUAUGGGCAUAGUUGUCUCGUUCCCAUUGACGAAACACCUGGCAUUAGUAUUCUUUAUAUAUUUGUUGAUAUUCAAGUUAAUGUUCAACAUAUUAUCGAUACAUUAAAACAUCAUUUUACAUCUGAUAGUAAAUUAGCACUAGUCAGUACAAUACAAUUUGUACGAACAUUACAAAUUAUAAAAGAACAACUAAAAGAUCAUGUUGCCGAUGUUAUAAUGCCACAAGCAAAACCAUUAUCACCCGGUGAAAUUCUUGGCUGUACGUCGCCAGUACUUCCAGAAUCUUAUUCAAUUCUAUAUAUUGGUGAUGGCCGAUUUCAUAUUGAAUCAAUUAUGAUUCAUAAUCCGGAUGCACCAGCAUAUAAAUAUGAUCCAUAUUCAAAAGAAUUUACUCGUGAAUAUUAUGAUACAAAAGCAAUGCAUACAAUACGUCAAAAUGAGAUUAAUGAAGCAGCAAAAGGACAAGUUUGGGGUUUAGUUUUAGGUUCACUAGGCCGGCAAGGUUCACCAAAAGUACUAGAAACAAUAAAACAACGUUUAAAAGCAAAUGGAAAAAAAUUUAUUCAAGUCAUUAUGCCUGAAUUGAUGCCCGAUAAAUUAAAAUUAUUUAAACAUGUCGACGUUUGGAUUCAAACAUCAUGCCCACGUUUGUCUAUUGAUUGGGGUGCUGGUUUUCAAACGCCAAUACUUACACCUUACGAGGCAAUGGUAGCUCUUCGCCAGAUUGAAUGGCAAAAUCGUUAUCCAAUGGAUUUCUAUUCUCAGAAUAGUCUUGGACCAUGGACGCCAAAUAAUCUUGAAAAUCGACCGAUGAAACAAACGCGAAGAAAAAUUGAUGUAGCAUAUGAGAAUAAAAAUUGUUCUACUACAUGUGAAAAUUGUUCAACUUCUGUUUGUUUAAAAAAAACUUGA